CCCGAAUCAUCAACCCGCCCCCCUUUGUGCAACAGUAAGCGGGAGUGAGAUGCCGGAAGGGGAGUCACCAUCCCCCAGUGAGGAAGUCAGGAGACCGUAGGUAGUAGGUAGUUCUUGAACCUCCCGGCAAAGUCAAUGUCGAUGUCAAGGUUCCCUCUUAAUGUAGUGCAGGUAGUGUUCACUUACUACUCGGUUCGAAUUGAGUUUUUGUACUUCAGAAAAAGUAGCGCAUGUCACCGCAAGCCAUCUCUCCCCUCUGUAAACUCAGUACCUUAGGACGUUCCAAUUGGGAAAAUGGGGACCCUUGUUCUCCGCGGAGAAAGACGAACUUUGAGUUGAGAUGGCUGCGGAAUAGAGUCGAGUCGGUGGCGGGACGUGAAAGUAAGAAUACCCCAAACGCCAAACUCCAGGUCUGGGGUCACAAAAAGUGUCAGUUUCAAAUUGAGCCGGAGAUGAUGGAUCAGAUGAGGCGCGCGGGGGCGGGCGUUGUGGGCGUUAUGGGCGUUGUGGGCGUCAUACUUGGGGUUUUUGGCCUUUUGCCUCUUUGGGAGGAAGUAUGUACAGUACUGUACGUACACUCUAGGGCAGUUGCUGUUGGAAUUGUUGAUGAUGGCUGUUUUGUUGGUGGUGAGGGGGAUGGUCGAUUUAGGGGUGCACAGGAAGCAAAAAAUUCGAGUGGUUGAUUGUAUUGUAUUGUGAAUCUGCAGUAGGAUCUGAAACCCUUUUCCCUGUCUGUUGCUUCACUCUGUACUGUUUCUACACUCAGCAGUGAUUACUGAGUACUUGGCAACAGACAGGGUUGCGACUGAACGCGGCGAAACGGUACACUGGGAGAUGCUUUAGAGGUACUCGAUACAUG